AUGGAGUCACGGUUAUUCCGGUUCCCACUUCCAACGCUCCCAUCUGCUCAGACCCUUCGAAUAUUCGGUGUCUACUCCUCCGGUGGAUUAUUCGCUCUAGGAAUCUGGUUUUUCUUGGAUGCCGCUAUUUUCAGUAAAUAUGCCAACCCGGGGACGGUACAUGUUCAGUUUGUGGACUGGAUUCCAUCGAUCUGUAGCGUUUUGGGGAUGAUUGUGAUCAACUCGAUCGAAAAGGCACGGUUGUCGGCUGAAUCGUUCUCGUUCUCUGGAAGUAAUGAUGCAUGGAAGGCUCGACUGGUUCUAUUCCUUGGGUUUGCAUUGAUGGCUGGUGGACUUGCCGGAUCUGUGUGUGUCCUGGUGCUUAAAUACGUGGUACCGGAGUACCCGUUCCCGACACUCUACUUUGGAAUCGCCAACGUAGUUGCAAAUUCCUUGAUUAUGCUGAGCACGGUGGUGUUAUGGGUGUCCCAGAACUUCGAGGACGAGUAUAACUACAGCUUAGCCCUGUAA